GAGUUAGACACUGAUAUCAGAUGGAAGAGCUGAGUUCGCCCGACAGAUACUGAAGUUUUGUUCCAGCGGGAGCUUUUUUAAAUUGAAUUGUUGGACAUUUUAUUAUUGACAUGGGCUUUCUUCUCACCAAGAUGAUGGCUGUGUUCGGUGACAGAGAGCACAAAGUCAUUAUUGUGGGUUUGGACAAUGCUGGAAAGACAACCAUCCUCUAUCAGUUUUUGACAAAAGAAGCCGUCCACACAUCUCCAACCAUCGGCAGCAACGUUGAGCAGAUCACCGUCCGCAACACACACUUCUUGGUUUGGGAUAUCGGAGGACAGGAGAGCCUUCGAGCCAGCUGGUACUCGUACUACUGCAACACAGAGAUUGUCAUUCUGGUUGUGGACAGCACCGACCGUGAACGUCUCACUCUGACCAAAGAAGAGCUGCACCGAAUGCUCUUACAUGAGGACCUUCAGAACGCAGCUGUUCUCAUUCUGGCCAACAAACAAGACAUGAAGGGCUCGAUGACGGCGGCAGAGAUCUCCCAGUGCCUCACGCUCGACUCCAUCACAACACACUCCUGGCAUGUCCAAGCCUGCUGCGCCCUGACAGGAGAGGGCCUACCUGCCAGUCUGGACUGGAUGAAGUCACGGGUUGUUGCAAACUAGAGCACGCUCCAAAGCGGGUCAAACUUCCUCAAUCUGAGCCAACCCUGCGAAGGCCACGGUGUCAGGGUUUUUACAGUGUGGUUUUUUUUUUUUGGGCAAAGUCCUGUGAACAUGGCGCCUGCCUGAGAUAGAGCCUGUCUCUGCCACACCUACAGUAUGUCUUACCCAGCUGUGUGAGAGUCUGUACCAGCCUCAGGGUGGAUGAGCCACAGAGGAACCUGGAUGACUUUACAGUCGGUGUAACGCUCUCCUCCCCAGCCAAAUCUCAGUAAAUUCAGAUUCCAGGUGUUGAUUUUUUGUACUUUUCUAAAACCCGCUUUGUGGUUUUGAUUGUACUGCAAUAAUAAUCUGGUUUACUGGGAACGUUUACUGCACUGUUAGGAGAUGUUUUAGUGAGGUGGACCUACUUUGUUUAUAAAAGAUAUCCUCACCUGACCAGUAAUAUCACAUUCCACGCUGGUCUCCAUUUCAUAUCACUGAGGUUAAACAAGUUGCAUUUUUCCUUAGAACUGAAGAACGUGUGCCAUAGAUGUUACAGCCUUCACUUAAAUAAUACAACAUCUUAAAAACAUGAUCACAGAUUGAACACUAAAGCAUAUUUUCUUUUACAGAUAAAGAGUUUUCUCACAUUUUAAUUUGAGUUGGGCUUUAAUUUCAAUUUAGUGUGACAAUCAUGAUCUCAUUAUGACCUUUGAUUGGCGAUUCUCGUCACCAAUUACUUUCCAUCUUGAGUUACCUCGCUGGUUGCAAAACACCUUUUAGUAGCUGCCUUAUAUCGAUUACACAAUAACUGGGAAGAAACUGUAAGCACAUGCUGUAGCUCCUGUGGCCUCCCUCCCAGCUGUUGAUGUAUUAUGCCUCUGAACAUCUGCACACUUUUGUUCGACCUAAAGAUGUUUAUUUCUUUUAAACAAAGCUCUUCAAGUAUUUACUGUAUAUUACAGGAAUAUGAAAAAGGAGCAAGCUGUUAAGUAUUAUGAGUCAUAUUUUAAAGUAUGUAUUGUAUUGUGUAAAGUUUUUGAAUAAAUAUUAUU